AUGGCCUCGCGCAGCGCCGGGACCCUCCUCACGCAGAACAACGCGGUCUACGUGCCGCCGGGGCUCAUGCCCGGGUACCGUGGGCACGUCCCUAACGUGACCUUUUCCUUCGGUGAUACCUACGGGAACGCCACCAUGAAACACUUCCAGGAUUUUCGGAGUGCUGCCAUGGAAAGCAGCUGCAGUCCCUACAGCAAAGGGGGGCAGUUCCCCACCCUCUUCUCGCGCGACCCAGGCCUGGUGCUGGGGGCCAGGGCAAGAGGCUGGGACAGGUGGCUGUACACCCCCAGCUACUCGCGCUUCAAUCUGGAUUUCAACCGCUCCGAGGAACUGAGGGAGUUCUACAAGCUGGCCCAGAUGCAUCGCGAGCACUACAGAGACAAGACCGGCACGGUGCACCAGGUCCCGUACUUCGUGCUGCCCGUGAAGGAGAAAGACAAGUACCCCCACCCUCUCGAUCUUCCACCUCUGAGCGCCCGAACAAAGUGGUACCUACAUCGGGCAGCUCCGGAGAACCUCCGAACAUACCAGACCUUCCCCUCGGGGAAGAGGGUGACCUCGCAGGAGAGAGAAGUCCGAGACAGCUUCUUCGAGUUCAGGGCCUGA